AUGACGAGCCCCUACGCAAAGAUCGAUUGCCACUCCCACUAUCUCCCGGAAAAAUACCGAGAAGCACUUGCAGCAAAUGGCCACAAGAACCCAGAUGGAAUGCCUGCCAUUCCUCAUUGGGAUGAGCACGAGCACCUGGAGAUGAUGAAGGACAUGAACAUCACAAAAUCAAUCAUCAGCGUCAGUUCCCCGGGCUGUUAUCUGAAGAACGGCGAGACCCAGCUGGCACGAGAUCUUGCACGACACGUCAAUGAGGUAGCGUCCGACCUCAAGAAGCGAAGACCCGAGCAAUUCGGAUUUUUCGCCUCUCUACCCCUAGCCGACGUCGAGGGGUCCCUUCAAGAAGUGCCCUACGCCCUGGACGAGCUCGAUGCAGACGGAUUCGUGGUCAUGACGAAUUUCGGCGGGCGGUAUCUGGGCCACAAAGACUUUGACGCGAUUUUUGAUGAGUUGAAUAAACGGAAAGCCGUUGUUUUUAUGCAUCCCACCACACCCUGCUUACUCGACGGCACGGCGGCGACACCCAUCACAGAUUUCCCACGUCCCAUGUUCGAGUUUCUCUUCGAUACGGCGCGGGCGGUCAUUAACCUGUUCUUAUCCGGUACGGUCAGUCGGUGUCCAGAUAUCAAGUUCAUCGUGCCGCAUAUGGGAGGGACUUUUCCACCACUGAUCAAUCGAUUUGCGACGAUUGGGUCGUUGCUCCAGUUGCCCAAUGUCGACCGGAAUGUGAGUCCGAGCUGGGUCAAGGAGCGACUGAACUCGCAAUUUUACUUCGACACGGCGGGUUGGGCUUUCCCGGAUCAGAUCAAGGGCCUACUUGAGUAUGUCACAGUGGAUAGAAUGUUGUAUGGCAGUGACUACCCCUUCACGCCGGCGAAAGCCGUGGGAGUGUUGUCUGGGGACCAUGACACCCACAUGCCCAAGGUUUUUCCCAAUGAGGAGGAUAGAGAGAAGCUUGCAAACAAAAAUGCUGUCAAAUUGUUUGGCAAGAAGUGA